CAAGGCAACACUGAACACAUAUAAAAUGUACAGUUUAACAGAGAAACAGCGCUAUGAUGGCUGGUAUAAUAACUUAGCGCAUCCAGAUUGGGGAUCUGUGGAUAGCCACUUGGUGCGAAAAGCGCCACCUUCAUAUUCCGACGGAGUCUAUGCCAUGGCAGGUUCAAAUCGCCCAUCUACCCGACGGCUUAGUCGAUUAUUUAUGGGCGGCCGGGAUGGCUUAGCGUCCAAACACAAUCGCACUGCAUUCCUGGCGUUUUUUGGUCAGGUCGUAGCCAAUGAAAUUGUAAUGGCUUCCGAAUCGGGUUGCCCAAUUGAGAUGCAUCGCAUAGAGAUUGAAAAAUGUGAUGAUAUGUACGAUCGUGAAUGCCGAGGGGAUCGAUAUAUACCAUUUCACCGCGCAGCUUACGACCGUGAUACAGGGCAGAGCCCAAAUGCGCCGCGAGAACAGAUAAAUCAAAUGACUGCUUGGAUUGAUGGCAGUUUCAUUUACAGCACCUCAGAGGCAUGGCUUAAUGCUAUGCGGUCGUUUCAUAAUGGCACACUAAUGACGGAAAAAGGUGGCAAAAUGCCUAUCAAAAACACAAUGCGCGUGCCGCUCUUCAACAAUCCGGCGCCUAAUGUGAUGAAGAUGCUAAGUCCUGAGCGGCUUUUUUUACUUGGGGACCCACGUACGAAUCAAAAUCCCGCUGUACUCUCUUUCGCCAUACUGUUUCUACGUUGGCACAAUACGCUUGCGCAGCGGAUUAAACGCGCCCAUUCCGACUGGAGUGAUGAAGAUAUCUUUCAGCGUGCACGUCAUAUGGUGAUCGCAAGCUUACAGAACAUUAUUAUGUAUGAAUACUUGCCUGCUUUUUUGGGCUCCGGAAUGAGUUCAUAUACAGGUUACAAACAGCAGAUACACCCUGGCAUUGGACACGUCUUUCAGGCUGCAGCUUUUCGUUUCGGACAUACAAUGAUACCACCUGGGAUCUAUCGCCGAGAUGCCAAGUGCAAUUAUAAAAAGACGCCCAUGGGUUAUCCGGCGAUACGUUUGUGCUCCACUUGGUGGGACUCCAGCGAUUUUUUCACAGAUACCACAGUCGAGGAGGUGCUACUUGGUAUGGCUUCGCAAAUUGCUGAGCGCGAGGACCCUGUGUUGUGCACAGAUGUUCGCGAUAAGCUGUUCGGUCCCAUGGAGUUUACACGACGUGACUUAGGUGCUUUAAAUAUUAUGCGCGGCCGUGAUAAUGGCCUACCGGACUACAACACAGCGCGCGAGGCUUUCGGGCUAAUGCGUCGCAAUGAUUGGAGGGAAAUUAAUCCGCAACUGUUUGAGAAAAAUCCAGAUUUGUUAAAAAUGCUGAUUUCCGCCUACAACAAUCGUCUCGACGAUGUCGACGUCUAUGUUGGCGGCAUGCUCGAAUCGUACGGCCAGCCAGGCGAGUUAUUCACUAUCGUAAUAAAGGAACAAUUCGAGCGUUUGCGUGAUGCCGACCGGUUUUGGUUCGAAAAUGAACGAAACGGAAUUUUCACUCAAGAAGAAAUCGAGGAAUUGCGAGGUAUAACCAUGUGGGACGUCAUAGUUAAUAGCACAGACAUAAACGAGUCCGAUAUACAAAAAGAUGUAUUUAUGUGGCGCGAGAGCGAUCCUUGUCCACAGCCCAUGCAGCUGAAUGCUUCUGAGUUAGAACCUUGUCAAUACCUUGAAGGCUAUGAUUACUUUUCCGGCUCGGAAUUGAUGUUUAUUUACGCUUGCGUAUUUCUCGGGUUUGUACCCAUACUUUGCGCUGGCGCUGGUUACUGUGUAGUAAAGUUGCAGAAUAGCAAGCGACGCAAGCUAAAGAUACGCCAAGAAGCCUUGCGUUCUACGCAAAAUAAAGGUUCAGUUGAUAAGAUGUUGGCGCGCGAGUGGUUGCAUGCGAACCACAAACGAUUGGUGACUGUAAAGUUUGGUCCUGAGGCCGCUAUCUACACAGUGGAUAGAAAAGGGGAGAAGUUACGUACUUUCAGUUUGAAGAACGUGGAAGUGGUUACAGUAGAAGAAUCAUCAACAAAUCACAUUAAAAAAAAACCGUACAUAUUACUUCGCGUUCCCAACGAUCACGAUUUGGUGCUAGAACUGGAGUCUUAUGGUGCGAGACGUAAAUUUGUCAAGAAGCUGGAAGACUUUCUCUUCCUACAUAAAAGGGAAAUGACUUUGGUGGAAGUGAACCGGGAGAUUAUGCUAGCGCGCGCUGAAACGCGUGAAAGACGGCAAAAGCGAUUGGAGUACUUUUUCCGCGAAGCGUACGCACUAACAUUUGGCUUGCGACCAGGUGAACGACGACGACGCUCCGAUGCCUCGACUGAUGGCGAGGUGAUGACGGUUAUGCGCACCAGUUUGUCGAAGGCGGAGUUCGCGGCGGCAUUAGGCAUGAAACCGAAUGACAUGUUCGUACGCAAAAUGUUUAACAUCGUUGAUAAGGACCAAGAUGGGCGCAUAAGUUUUCAGGAGUUCCUAGAGACAGUGGUGUUGUUUUCGCGCGGCAAGACGGACGAUAAGCUCCGUAUUAUCUUUGAUAUGUGCGACAACGAUCGCAAUGGUGUGAUCGAUAAGGGGGAAUUGAGUGAAAUGAUGCGCUCGCUGGUUGAGAUGGCACGCACCACCAGCUUGGGUGAUGACCAGGUUACCGAGCUGAUUGAUGGUAUGUUCCAAGACGUCGGACUGGAACAUAAAAAUCACUUGACCUAUCAGGAUUUCAAGUUAAUGAUGAAGGAGUAUAAGGGUGACUUUGUUGCCAUCGGUUUGGAUUGUAAAGGUGCCAAACAGAACUUCCUAGACACUUCAACCAAUGUGGCGCGAAUGACAUCGUUCAACAUCGAGCCGAUGCAGGAAAAGCCAAGACAUUGGAUACAAGAGAAGUGGGACAACUACAUAACCUUUUUAGAAGAGAACAGGCAGAAUAUAUUUUAUUUAUUUCUUUUCUACGUCGUUACGAUUGUGUUGUUCGUGGAGCGUUUCAUACAUUACUCCUUCAUGGCUGAGCACACUGAUCUGCGACACAUUAUGGGCGUCGGCAUUGCCAUAACGCGUGGCUCUGCGGCUUCGCUGUCGUUCUGCUACUCUCUACUGCUGCUCACAAUGUCUAGAAACCUCAUUACCAAACUGAAGGAAUUCCCCAUACAGCAGUACAUUCCGCUCGAUGCGCACAUACAGUUCCAUAAAAUCGCUGCUUGCACUGCGCUUUUCUUCUCGGUGCUGCACACCAUUGGCCAUAUAGUUAAUUUUUAUCAUGUCUCCACGCAAUCUCACGAGAACUUACGUUGCCUCACGCGUGAGGUACAUUUCGCCUCCGACUACAAGCCGGAUAUCACCUUUUGGCUCUUCCAGACUAUUACAGGCACUACUGGCGUACUGCUAUUUAUUGUGAUGUGUAUCAUUUUCGUCUUCGCCCAUCCAACUGUACGUAAGAAGGCCUACAAAUUUUUCUGGAACACUCAUCAACUGUAUGUAGGACUGUACUUGCUUUCACUGAUCCACGGCUUGGCGCGUAUCACGGGUCCUCCGCGCUUCUGGAUCUUCUUCAUGGGUCCUGGGAUUAUUUACACGCUUGAUAAGAUUGUCUCGCUGCGCACCAAGUAUAUGGCGCUGGAUGUUAUCGAGACUGAUUUGCUGCCUUCAGACGUUAUCAAAAUCAAGUUCUAUCGUCCACCUAAUCUUAAGUAUCUCUCGGGACAGUGGGUACGUUUGUCUUGUACCGCAUUUCGGCCGCACGAGAUGCACAGUUUCACGUUAACUUCGGCGCCUCAUGAAAAUUUCCUUAGUUGUCACAUAAAGGCACAAGGUCCUUGGACUUGGAAAUUGCGCAAUUACUUUGAUCCUUGCAACUACAAUCCGGAGGAUCAACCGAAAAUACGCAUUGAGGGCCCCUUUGGUGGCGGAAACCAGGACUGGUAUAAAUUCGAGGUGGCGGUAAUGGUAGGUGGUGGCAUUGGUGUCACGCCCUACGCAUCCAUGCUGAAUGAUCUUGUGUUUGGCACCAGCACGAAUCGAUAUUCGGGUGUGGCAUGCAAGAAGGUAUAUUUCCUCUGGAUUUGUCCUUCUCACAAACAUUUCGAAUGGUUCAUUGACGUAUUGCGCGACGUGGAAAAGAAAGAUGUCACAAAUGUGUUAGAGAUACAUAUUUUCAUAACACAAUUUUUCCAUAAGUUCGAUCUGAGGACCACCAUGCUGUACAUUUGCGAAAAUCACUUCCAACGUUUAUCAAAAACGUCAAUUUUCACGGGUCUUAAGGCAGUUAAUCAUUUCGGUCGACCUGAUAUGUCAAGUUUUUUAAAAUUCGUGCAGAAAAAGCAUUCAUAUGUAUCUAAAAUUGGCGUUUUCUCAUGUGGCCCGAGACCGCUAACGAAGAGCAUAAUGUCCGCCUGUGAUGAGGUGAAUAGAACGCGGAAACUUCCAUAUUUCAUACAUCAUUUUGAGAAUUUCGGUUAAAAUAUUUAGGUUUUAAGUUUUAUAGGCACUUACGGCUCAUCUCAUUUACGAAAAGUAAAAAAGAAAAAAACUUCAACAUUGGCGCAACACACGGCCUUAGCAUUUAAUCAUAAGUCAAAAGCUCUAAUUAGUUCUGAGUCAGAGCCUACAUCUUCGCUUUUUAGGUAAAUUCUUCCAACAACCGUCAUCGGGUUUCGAAAAGAAGAUAAUCGGCCUUAACAUGAGUUUAAUUUUCGACCGAAAUCGUUCACUAAUCACUUUUGGCUUAUGUAUGUGUAAAAGGUGUGUAGGUCUAAAAUUUAAUUUUAAGUACUUAAUACAAAACGAAGUUAGUCAAAUUAUCGAUUUUACUAUAUUUCCAUCAAUAUGAAAAGAAGUUGUAUAUCACAUAUAAAUUUGUAUAUAUGUAUUUACUCUAGAGAUAUGAAGAACUGUAUUAAAUGUGUGUUUGUGUGUAUUUACUUAACCACAAAAUGUAUACAUAUGUAAGUAUUGGUACUCUUACUACUACUUCACGACAAACGAUGAUUGUAAAAUGGCAUUACGAUUUGUUCUUUCAACUCAAAUUUAUUUAUUGAAUCUUAUUUGUUAUCAUUUUGUAAAAAACUGAGGUAAUUAUUUAUUAUAU